CCAGCUGUAAGCUGCCACCACAGAUUUGCAAUCAUGACGGCAGAGGAGACAAUCAGCAUCAAGGAGGCAGAGGUGAUCAAGGUGAUGCUGGACUUUCUGAACUCCAGGAAGCUGCACAUCAGCAUGCUGGCCUUAGAGAAGGAGAGCGGCGUCAUUAAUGGACUCUACUCUGAUGACAUGCUCUUCCUCAGGCAACUCAUUCUGGACGGUCAGUGGGAGGAGGUGAUGCAGUUCAUUCAACCUCUAGAAGGAAUGGAGAAGUUUGACAAGAAAAGGUUCCGCUACAUCGUUCUGAAGCAGAAGUUUCUGGAAGCUCUGUGCGUAAAUAACGCCAUGUCCGCUGCCGAAGACCCUCACAAUCUGGAGCUCACCAUGCAGGAGGCAGUGAAGUGCCUCCACAGUCUGGAGGAAUACUGCCCGACCAAGGAGGACUACAGCAAGCUGUGUCUCCUCCUCACCCUGCCGCGCCUCACCCACCACGCAGAGUUCAAAGACUGGAACCCAAGCACGGCACGUGUCCACUGCUUCGAGGAAGCCUGUGCCAUGGUGGCGGAAUUCAUCCCUGCGGACAGGAAGUUGAGCGAGGCGGGCUUCAGAGCGAGUGGGAACCGCCUCUUCCAGCUGCUCAUCAAAGGGAUUCUUUAUGAGUGCUGCGUCGAGUUCUGUCAGAGUAAAGCAACUGGCGAGGAGAUCACAGAGGGCGAGGUGUUGCUCGGCGUGGACUUGCUUUGCGGGAACGGCUGUGAUGAACUGGACUUGUCGCUGCUCUCCUGGCUGCAGAACCUCUCUCCGGGUGCCUUCUCCUGCGCCUUCCAGCAGAAGACCCUCAACAUCCACGUGGACCGUCUGGUGAAGCCCAGCAAGGCCGGCCACGCCGACCUCCUCACUCCGUUAAUCAACCGCCUGUCCCCCUGCCCUACCUCACCCUUCCACCAGAGGCCUCAUUCAGCAGACACCUACAUGUCCAGAUCUCUCAACCCAGCUUUGGACGGCCUGUCCCACGGUCUGGCAGCCCAAGACAAGAGAGGCAUGGAGGCGAACAUGAAGUCAGCCCUCAGUCGGAGCCUGGUGGAGAAUAAUGUGCAUCAGCAGGACGAUUCACCGGAGAGGAAGCACCCGCAGGGGCUGGAUGGACCCAACACCACACGCACACCUCUGACCCCUGGAAAAGAUGGUGGGCCACCCUGCGGCACAGACUCAAAUGAGCGUCUUGACUCCACAGAGCACGUCCAGGAGUAUUACCGGCAGCGCCUCCGUGUCCAGCAGCAUCUGGAGCAGAAGCAGCAACAGCGACAGCUUUACCAGCAGAUGCUGCUGGAGGGAGGAGUGAAGCCGCAGGACGGAGCCCAAAACAACCUCACCGAGACCUUCCUCAGCAGAUCAAUUCAGAAGUUGGAGGAGAUGAACGUGGGCAUCGACCACAGAGGAGAUGAGGUGAUGACGCAUCUGGGCCAGCAGUGGAACGGCACCAGCACUUCCAGUCCCAAAACCACCAACACCCGCCACACCCCUGACACCGGGCCGCCAAAGGAUAAGCCAGGUGGGAGGGUCAGCAGCACCCCCUUAAUGACUGGGAGCCAUGGCUUGCCUUCCCUGAGCGAGUCCCCGGUUCCUGCCAGUCACAGUGCCGAGAAGAUCAGAGGGUCAGCCCAAGAUGAUUCUGGCGGCUCUGCGACACGAAACUCUCAAGAGCCGGGGAAAUCCAAAACACAGUUUAUUAAAGUGAACCAGCUCGAGGACACGCAGGCGGUGCGUGCGGUGGCCUUCCAUCCCUCUGGAGCUCUCUAUGCCGUCGGCUCCAACUCAAAAACCCUGAGAGUCUGUGCCUACCCAGAAUCACUAAACACCAGCGGUUCUGGUGCAGUCAAGCAGCCGGUGGUGCGUUUCAGGAGGAACAAACACCACAAAGGCUCAAUCUACUGUGUAGCAUGGAGCCACUGCGGACAACUGUUGGCUACUGGAUCCAACGAUAAAUAUGUCAAAGUCCUGCCUUUCAAUGCUGACAGCUGCAAUGCUACAGGCCCAGACCUGGAGUUCAGCAUGCAUGAUGGUACCAUUAGGGACCUGGCCUUUAUGGAGGGCCCUGAGAGUGGAGGAUCCAUCUUGAUCAGUGCCGGGGCUGGAGACUGCAACAUCUACACAACAGACUGUCAGAGAGGACAGGGCCUUCACGCCCUGAGCGGACACACCGGUCACAUUUUGACUCUUUACACGUGGGGAGGGUGGAUGAUCGCUUCUGGAUCCCAAGACAAGACAGUCCGGUUCUGGGACUUGCGGGUUCCCAGCUGUGUCCGGGUGGUGGGCACAACUCUGCACGGCUCAGGAAGUGCAGUUGCUUCGGUGGCAGUGGAUCCCAGCGGCCGCCUGCUGGCCACAGGUCAGGAGGACAGUACCUGCAUGUUGUAUGACAUCAAAGGAGGCCGUAUAGUCCAGACAUACCGCCCCCACAGCAGUGACAUUCGCUCAGUGCGCUUCUCACCUGGAGCCCAUCAUCUCCUCACCGGCUCUUAUGACAACAAAAUCAUUAUCAGUGACCUUCAAGGUGACCUAACAAAGCCCCUCCCUCAGACAGUGGCAGGGGAGCACUGGGACAAGGUGAUCCAGUGUAGGUGGCACCCCCAUGACCGGACCUUCCUUUCCUCCUCUGCAGAUCGAACUGUCGUCCUCUGGGCACCAGGCCCCUCAGCUAUUCACUAGAGAGAGACUGGUUAACAGCAGCAGGAAGCACAAGAACACGGUGUCUGCAGACGUCCCAGCAUGGGAUCACUAACUGCAGAUGCCUGUGUGUAUGGAUGUUUGUUUGUGUGCAAAC